AUGGAUAAAGAAGAAAGUAUGGGUGGGGAAGAAGUUUGGGAUGGAGAAGAAGUUAAGGAGGGAGAAAUGAUCAUGGAUGGAGAAGAAGUUAAGGAAGGAGAAGAGAUUAGGGAUGAUGAGGAAGAAAGUAAGGAUGGAGAAGAAGAAGUUAUGGACAGAGAAGAUGUUAAGGAAGGAGAAGAAACUAAGGAAGGAGAAGAAGUUAGGGAUGGAGAAGAAGUUUGGGAAGGAGGAGAAGUUUGGAAUGGAGGAGAAGAAUCGAAGUAUGGAGAAGAAAUUAAGGAAGAAGAAAAUGAAGUUAAGGAAGCAGAAGAAGUUAAGGAGGAUGGAGAAGAUUGUAGGGAAGUAGAAAAGGUUAAGAAUGAAGAACAAGUUAGGGAAGGAGAAGAGGUUAAGGAUGGAGAAAUAGUUUGGGAUGGGGAAGAAGUGAAGGAAGGAGAAGAGGUUAAGGAAGAAGAAGAAGAAUAA